AAACAUGUCCAUUUAAAUAUUUUGUUUAUCAAUAUGAAAGAAAUUAUAAUGCUAAAGACCAGAAUCGGGAUUGCCAUAUUCAAGAAUUUUUUCAUUUAAAAAAUCAAAUGCGAAUUGAUAAUUAUAAGUUAGCUAAUGGUGAUCAAAAAGAAAAGAAAUCUGGAAUUAAAGAAAAGUUGCAGAUUAGUAAGAUUCAUUUUGAUUUAGUUGCUAGUGAUAAAGAUUCGAUUAUUUAUUUUAAUAAUAAUAAAUCAGAAAAAAAUCGAUAUAAAGAUCGUAUAUUACAAGAUGAACAAAUUUUACAAGAUGCGCGAGAAUGUAUAGAAGAUAUUAUUGAAGAAAAUUUAUCUGGUGAUGAGGCUGUU